AUGGUCUCCGACGAGAUCUACGACCUCUGCCUGCCCGUCCUUCAGGACGACUCGCUCGAAGACGAGGACAAGACCGAGAAGCUCGAGGAGCUGGUGCGCGAGAAGACGUCGUUGACCGGCAAGGCUCUCGAGGAUGCCGUGCUGGACUCACUCUGGCGCUUCCGCGGCGCCAGCAAUUCGUCCGCUUCGCCGCCCCCCGUCCGCCAUACAAUUAUCCGCCGGUCGUCGCCAGCUCCUUGGCAGGUCGCACGAGCUCCCACGCCUUCUAGCUCCUCGCCGCGUAUAGCCCCGCCGCCCGGCUUUGGUGUUGCGCCCCCCGGCUUCUCGCGCGCCAAGUCCUCCACCGCGUCGCCCUUCACCUCACCGCGCCCCUCGCCGCGCAUGGCCUAUGCAACGCCGCACAUCCCGCACAGUCCGAAUCUGAAUGCCUACGAGUUCAGCGAGCCGAGCCAUACUCCCGAAAUCUACGGCGACUAUGGCAGCGACACGGUGGAUUGGCUGGUGAACGACGAUGUUGCCAGUGUCUCCUCGUCAAUCCACGGGGAUGGCUCCUUAAACGGCGCAGCCGCCGAGUGGGUCCAGCCUUACACUAUGGACAUGGAUCCCUAUGAUAUGCUCCGAUCCAUCCUACGUGACAACCGCUCGAACGAGGAGAUCGAGAAGGCACUGGAAGAAAAUGGCUAUGACUUCACGGCUACCGUGCAGGCUCUCAUGGAUCAAUCUGCCGCGCUUCAGCAGCCAACGCCCGUCAGCCAACCGGAAAAGACAUUCCUGGUUGGCAAGUCCAUGAGCCCCUCGUUCAGGCCUGCAACCCCUGCUGGUCAGAUCAAAACCAACGUCCUGUGCAAGUACUGGCUCACAACUGGCCAUUGCGCUCGAGCCGAUUGCCGCUUUAGCCAUGACCCGAGCAAGACAGUGUGCAAGUACUGGCUGGCUGGGAACUGCCUUGCCGGCGACACUUGUCUGUUCUCACAUGACCCCACGAGCCUGAUGUCCAAGAUGAUGCUCGAAGGAAGCGCGACGCCUCCUACACAGCCAAACUUCCAAGUCCAGGAUUACGAAGCGUUCCCAUCUCUUCAGCAGACGGCAUCUCACCAGUCCAUGCAAAGUCAUUACGCUGAACAGUCUGCUCUUGAACAACUCUACGGUGUUCGAAGCGUUGCCACCCCUCCUCCUGGCUUGAGCCCUUUCCCAACGUUCACGCCUAGCUCCCACCGCACGCAUUCUCGGCCGUCGAGCAGCCGCCAGAUCUCACAUUCACGCGCUUCGACCCCGUCUGCUCCUGCAGCCGAUGAUCCCGAGGCGUUCCCUAGUCUUGCGUCGGCAGCAGCAGCGAAGGGUGGAAAGAAGCAUCACGGAAAGCGUGGUGGCCAUGGACAUGGCAACAAGGAGGGUGGCGCCCCGAAUACGCUCGCUGAUGUUGUCAAGAUGUCGCCUUCUCCUGCCCCAGCUCAGCCGCGCAAAGGCCUUAGACCUGCAAAAAGCUUCAAUGGCAGCAGAGAGAACAGUGCGGCUGCGCAGGCAAUCCCUGCGCCUGAGCAUAUUCCUUGGCUUGAGACCGGCGAUGCUGCAAACAAGGCAUAUCUCAAGGCUCGGCAGGAGGCUUUCAAACACGGUGGCCUGCGCAACAAGUUCCUCCAAAGUGCCGCACAAGCAUGGAACCGCAACGACUCCCGCGCGGCCAAGGCCCUCAGCCUUCGAGGCCAGAGUGAAAACAACCUUAUGCGGCAAGCUCAUCGCGAGGCAGCCGAGCAUCUCUACAAUGAACGCAACAAGGACAAUAGCCCUAAUGCAAAGGAGCUCUAUGUCGACCUGCAUGGUCUCCAUCCGGAAGAGUCAGUGCAGUAUCUCUCGAAGAUCCUCAUGCAACAUCAAAACUCGACCCGUCCCAUCUAUGCUAUUACUGGCACUGGUCACCACAGCAAGAACGGCAAAGACAAGGUUGGCAAGGCUGUGCGCGGGUUUCUCAAUGAGUGGCGUUACGUGUUUCGUGAGUUCAGCGUGCCGGGCGACCGCGGCAAUGUCGGUGGCAUCCUCGGCAUUGAUCCCAGUUCGUGGGACCGUAGUCUGGAGCGAGAGCGCCUCGAUAGUGGCGUGGGUAGCAGUAACGGCGAAGAAGAGAGAUCUGGUGACAAGCUCGGUGAGAGCACGAAGAUUAGGGUCAUUAAGGCUGAGCAGGCGAGUGCUGGCGGCGUGCCUACGGGUCCGAGGGUUAGGUGA